AUGAUGAGCAUCAUGAAUCUCGUCGUAUCGCGCAUCGUAGUCGGCGUCGUGAUAUCUUUAGCCCGCUUCAACGGGCUCUUCUCCUCCUGCCGAAUAAUCCGAGUUUGCCGGCGAAGCGCAAUGAAUUGGCCGAGCUUGCUUCAGAUCGUUGAGACGGAGGCCCCGGCGGCUUGCAACGUUCGUCCUUCUUACCGCCCUUCGGAUCGCAUGGAGGUUGUCGAGUCAGUCGACACGUCGGAUCUGUCCCCUAUCACCGCACACGUCGAUGAGAACCCAGCUGCCGUGGAUGCACCGGACGAUUCCAGGGCGAAAGCAACCAAGCACAUUCUCAUCCUUGGGCAAACAGGCGCCAAGAUCGGCCCCCGGUACCGACUGUGCCAGGGCGAAGGCGGCAAGGAGGGACAGCAGCUGAAGAAGAGUGAAUUUCAUGGUCGCAGCGACUCGAUCGAAUAG